AUGACGGCUCCAUGGCUGACCGUUAUUCAUUCUCUUGACCACCUUCUCCCCGAGUGGGAAGCUGAAUAUGCGUUGAACGCUGUCAAUACGGGUGUAACUGCCCUCGGAAUCAAAGCAACUAAUGGAAUCGUCCUUGCUACGGAAAAGAAGUCGUCUUCUCCCCUUAUUGAUCCUCCUUCUCUCUCAAAGGUCUCAUUGAUUACUCCCGAUAUUGGUAUGGUUUAUGCUGGCAUGGGUCCCGAUUACCGUGUGCUGGUCGAUAAGGCACGCAAGGUCUCCCAUACUGGCUACAAGCGUAUCUAUAACGAAUACCCACCUACCCGCAUAUUAGUGCAAGAUGUAGCUCGUGUCGUGCAGGAAGCCACACAAUCCGGUGGUGUUCGGCCGUACGGUGUCAGUUUGUUGAUCGCUGGCUGGGACGAGGGCGGUCCCAGCUUGUAUCAGGUCGACCCAAGUGGCAGCUACUAUCCAUGGAAGGCUACUGCUAUCGGCAAGCAUGCCACAAGUGCGAAGACAUUCCUCGAGAAGCGCUACACUGAAGGCCUUGAACUGGAGGAUGCCAUUCACAUUGCACUCCUGACUCUGAAGGAGACCAUUGAAGGCGAGAUGAACGGGGACACAAUAGAGAUUGGCAUUGUUGGCCCUCCUGCCGACCAUCUGCUUGGCUACGAAGGCGUUGAGGGCUCUCGAGGACCCAGGUUCAGGAGUUUGACCAAAGAAGAGAUUGAGGACUACCUCACCAACCUAUGA